AUGCCCUACUUUCUUGUUCGCUCGCUGCGAUUUCGCGACAUAGACGUUCGUGCUAUCAAGUCAUCAAAACGCUCGCUCAAAGCCGCUUCUAGAAAACAAGUUCCCCCUGUCGUCUUGCUCGAAACCCGCCGUUCUCAGACUCGAUCCACCACACGCAUUCGCGGCGCGCGCGACGUGUUUCUUCUUCCAUCCUUCGAAGUUCUACUCUUCCUUCGAAGUUUUAGUCUUGUUGGUACAAUCGUUCCGCACGCAAUGACAACAAUCCGACGGUUCACGUGCGACGAUCUGUUUCGAUUCAACAAUGUGAACCUCGACUGGUACACAGAGACUUACAACCUGAACUUUUACCUGGGCUACAUGGCGAGCUGGCCCGAGUAUUUCGUGGCGGCUCAAGGACCAGGGGACCGAAUCAUGGGCUACAUCAUGGGCAAGGUGGAGGGAGAGGGCGAGCUGUGGCACGGCCACGUGACGGCGCUGACAGUGGCGCCGGAGUAUCGACGGCAGCAGCUGGCAGCAAAAUUGAUGGACAUUCUCGAGGAGAUCACCCACAAGACUUAUGAUGGGUACUUUGUCGAUCUCUUUGUCCGGACGUCCAAUAAGGCUGCUAUCCAAAUGUACCGUAAAUUUGGGUACGAGGUGUAUCGUCGCGUGCUGAUGUAUUAUUCCGGGGAGGAAGAUGCCUUCGAUAUGCGUAAAGCUAUGCCAAGAGACAAGGAAAAGAAGUCGAUGGUUCCACUUGACAGACCUGUGACUCCGCAGGAGCUUUUGUUUGAUUAG